AUGAGUUCUGGAGAUCGACCCAGCCUGAGCGUGUCUGCGCUCUACAUCUAUCCUAUCAAGUCCCUCCGAGAAAUCUCCAUCAAACAUGCAACGCUUACACCGCAAGGGCUACAAUAUGACAGACGCUUCAUGCUGCGAGAGAUCAAGGAAGAUGGUAGCCGAAAGAAUAUGGGCUGUUAUCAUGUCCCCUUGAUGGCUCGUUUCGUCCCUGAAUUCGCCUCUCUUGAUUCAAAUGGCAAGGUCAACGAUGCCAUUAGAGUGUCCUUCUCUCCAACGUCCCAGGAUACAGAGAACCAGACCGAGAUCUUGAUCCCUUUGGAGCCCGACGUGAGUAAGCUAAAGGAGACGACGAUUGCCAUGCAUGGAAGUCCUUGCACCGGCUACGAAGUUGGGGAGCAGUACAACGAGUGGUUCACAAAAUGUUUCGGCUUCGAUGUCGAGCUCAUCUAUGUUGGCGUGAACCGUCGAACAGUGUUGGGAAACCUCUCUCCCAACGAACAACAGAAAGAAUCGACUACUUCUUCAUGGAUGUCGACCAUCACGAACAGUCUCCCAGGCAUAUCGUCCAUCUCUUCGAAUGCUAACGAACACACCGAGAAUCACCACGAACAAGGCCUCGCCCUCUCGGACGUUGCCGCCGUCCUGGUAGUCUCCCAGACUUCGCUAAACCACGUCAAACGCCUACUCCCCUCAAAUGUCUCUCCAGACAUCCGCAAGUUCCGCCCAAAUAUCGUUAUCGGCGGUUCCUCCGAAGAAUUCGUCGAGGACUUCUGGGCCGAGCUCUCCAUCGGCGAGGACAACAAGAAAGUACUCUUGACGCAGAACUGUAACCGCUGCGUGAGUCUGAAUCUUGACUUCAACAAUGGCAAGUUCGCAGAUGGGCCGGAGGGCAAAGUUCUGGCGGGUUUGGCGAAGGACAGGAGAGUUGAUCCAAAUGCGAAGUGGAGUCCGGUGUUUGGAAGGAGGUGCUGA